GGCCAGACACCACUCCACCAUGCUUGUCGGAAAGGAGACGAGGAAACAGUGCGGUUACUUAUCAGACAUAAUAGUGAUAUUCGGGCCGCAGACAGCAAAUACUGGCAGCCCCUUCAUAUCACAGCAGAUGCUGGGCAUGAGCGCAUUGUCCGGAUUCUAUUGGAGCAUGGUGCA